GCCGUGCUGUGGCAGAUAUCCAAAGACUGGGCAGGUUUCUCGUGACAUGCCCGGCGUCUCCUGGACAGGAAUCAGGAGAUCCACGCAGCAUGAGCACUCCAGAUUUCUAGUCGUAAGGACGGGGAAAUGUUUCAGAGAUAUCAGAAUCCUCACUGGGACAAACUUCUCAGCAACCAAACAUAAAGGAUAUGGGACAGAAUGCAACAGACCUUUCCCUGGUUUUGCCUUAGGAUACAACUCAGUAACAUCACCCAUCACAGUACUACACUGAGCGAUUUGUCCCGGGCUGUCAGCUACGCAGCUGCUGGCAUGCAUAAAUGAUGACACUUUAAAAGCAAACAGAGAGUAAUUGGAGAGAGGUGAUUCCAGCUGAAAUCACACACCCCACACCCAAGACUGAGGGAAUCACAUAGCCAAAGCCCAUCCCUAAACGUAUGGCUCACUGAACUGCCACUGAAAGGGUGGAGGAGAGACGACAGGAGCCAUGGUCAGAAAUCGACAGUGUCGAACACGAAGCGGAGAGAAAUGCCGAAUCAUCCACCUUGCUCCUAUUCUGGCUGGCCUUGUUCAGUGUGAUCAGCAGGUUCCAUCCCAAGCCACAUGAAGGCAUCAAAAAUUAAUCUAACACUGAGCCUGGGUUUGUUAGCCACGCCAGGGGUCAGCUCCCCUGUGAGCUUCCUCGAGUCGGGCUUUAUGGCGGUCACAGCUUCUGUGGUGGAGGAUUUCUCAUUCCCCUGGGAAUCAGUGAGGAAACUGAAGGAAUUCCAGGACACGAUGCCCAUCAGGAAUCCACGCCUGCGUAGCAGCCGUCGGACCCCUGAGUGUGCUACCCACGGUCUGCCUGAAGAGUUCAUUCCUGUCUGCAAAAGCCCCAAGGCUGCCAACAUAUUCGAAAGAUUAGCCUCCAUUGCCGCAGAGCAACGGGUCUGCGAGAUCUGUGCCAACGUUGCCUGCUCUGGGUGCUAAUGAAUGAGACGCCGCCAUUUCUGCUGGCUUCGGAGGGGAUUCCAACUGGCCACUUCUUCUGUUCAUGCUGCCGAUCUUGCAUCCAAACUGAUGGAGGACGCCUCUGCUUGCUUGAAAAGAUGGAAGAGCCUUGGCAUCUCCGUUCCUUCUGUUCAUCUUUGGCUCCAGGCUCCUUCCCCCCCCACACCCCCGGCCACCUCCAGAUAUCUGCCUUAAAACUGUUAUGGACAUGAUUCACAUUCUACAAAGAAGGGGAGGGAAAGAAAAUCAUGCAUUAAAAUGUUGCUGGGAAUGAACCGGGAAUUCUGGAAAGGAAAAGGAUUCACCCAUGCAGGGAAUUCCCUCCUCCCUACCUCUCUGCCAUGCUUACUCAGUGCUCCUCUAUGGGACAAAGUUGUUUUUAAUCUUCCUCUGGGUUGGUUGGUUUGUUUUAAAUGAAAAGCAACCCAGGAGAAUCCAAUCAGGAGUUCCAGAAACAUGGCAGGGAGGAAAGUCUUAACCCUUUUCCCUCAGGCAUCGUUCUCCUCAA